AAGCGUACCAUGUCGUCCUUGUUCAAUCCUCCCCCUGAAGUGCGCACGAUCGUCUAUGACCAAAUGGUUCGAGACGUACACGCUAGCGACAAGCGUAUCAUCUACUGCGAUCACCACUCCCAGUACGACGAAUCGUGCCAAGCUAUUGUAGAAAAGCCGACCAUGUGGUUCCGCUCAAAGAUGGAGUUCGAGACAGACCAUCAAGGACGCAUCGAUCUUCUCACAGAAGAUGGAACUUUCUCUGAAGGUACGACAGUGUAUGGAACGUGCAUACCGGAUACCGCUAUCCAUCAUGCCAAUAUUGAUGCUUUGCUUGCUCUUGCAAGCACUUGCCGCCAACUCCGUGCCGAAGUUCUCCAUCAUGCUUGGGAAAAUGCCGAUAUCAGAAUCUUUACGAUAGACGAUACAUACUUCGAAGCUAUGGUGCACAUCUUCGAGAUGCACCUCUCCACGGAGGUUUGCGAGCUCAUCCGUACCCUUUUCAUCGAGGUCAGUGAUGAUUGCUGGAUGCCAUGCGAGGUCAGCGAAAUCGCACAAUUCAUCAUGAGACGAUUUCCGAACCUCAAGCAGCUGACCGUCGCCGUGGCACGUCGGGACACAGAAGACUGGGAGCUCGACUUUGAAGUUGGUCUGAAAGCUCUGUCAAUCCUACCCUUCUCUAUUGACGUUGAGAUUGAGGCAUACAUACAUGCCGAUAUUAUCCAUUGUGGAUCCCUCAGACCACUUGUCAUCCACUCCGCCUACAAAGAUUUCACCAAGCUCGCACCAGACGCUGAGUACUGGGAGAGAGCUACCGGCUGGCAUAACACCUUUCUACUGAGCAGUUGGCGUAAAUGGAAGCAGUGCCAGAUAGCUAUGCGAACACAGAAUGACGAACGCCAGAUUGACGCAUCUCUCCUCGAAGACACACUCGGCAUACGCUCAGAGAUUGCUGGUUGGCCCGUCAUUGCCAGUCAGAUGACUCCAAAGGAGAGGUGGGAGGUACGCAGAGAAGGAAAGUGGGAGGAAGGUUGGCUGGUCAGAGAAGGGAUUGAUGACGAAGCCAAACAAGAGCCUAGAGAUGGGUCUGCGGAAGAACACGAUGCCGAAUCUGCGUAG